AAUAUUUUUGCAACACUGUUUUAUAACUGUCAAUGUCACUACUAACUGUCAGUCAAGUCAACAUGUCAGAGAAUAUUAUUUAUUUUCCGCCAAAUUUGAAUACAAGCAUUUUUAUAUUUUACUUUUAGUUGGGUAUUAAUCAUGUUCAUUUAUAAAAGAGCAACAGAUUACAAAACAAACCUUUGUAUUCCCCUAGUAGCUCUGUUAUGGAAGUAUCUCCAUAUGCGAGCCCAUCGGUACUGUCACACGUUUUGGGAGAUUUAUGGCGGAUUAUCUGUGUUCUUAAUUUUACUUUUUAUAUACCAAACUACUCUCGAAGGACAUAUUGGCAAUAAAAUGAUUAAUAGGCCCAACAACACUGACUAUUUGACAAGAGUCUUUUACAGACCUUCAAAUAAUUUUACAGACAGUCUGAUGCGCAGAGUGCAGAAAUACUUGAAUGAUAAUGAGUCAGCGGUGUAUCCAAAACAACAAUGGGAGUUUGAUUAUACAAUUUCACCGCUAGACUUAAAUUUAUUGAAUGCCUCGUCCUGUGGUAUUGUUGAGGUGCAUUUUAAGAAUAAUGAAACAUUUUCUCCUAACUUAGACUAUACAAUUAGAGCGAACAGUAUACACGUGAAAAAUACGCUUAACAAAGGCUUCAAUUCGUUUUUCCUAAGUUUUACAAGAUCAGAGGAAGUUGGUCCCCAGCAUUUAGGAACAUUACAAUGGGCCAUAGACAGGGCUUACAUUCAGCAACUCACUGCUCAGAAUAUUUCACAGAUGGUACAAAUGAUUGAGAUACCCAAGUACAUAUCAGAAGAAUUGAAAUCACUACAUAAAUUCAUAAUAAUUUGUACCAUUGUGGCACCACUGCCCUUUUUCCUGUCUUAUGCUGCUGGGCUGAUUGAGGAAAGGAGAUCUGGAUUGAGAGAGCUGAUGAAACUGUCGGGAGUAUGCCCCGAUGUGCUGAGAUUCUCCCAUAUCUUGGAAACUACACUAGUCGGCAUUUUGUAUUCUUUACCGGUUACUUUUAUUCUUAAGAUCACAACGGAGCCAAUAUUGCCGCAUAGCAAUUUCUUCCUUAUGGCCUUGACAAUACUGCAGCAUUUUAUAAACACGAUGGCUUUCGCUUUUAUAACUACCGCUCUGUGCCAGGAUUGGCACCUCGCAGAUUUCCUAGGCUUUCUCCUCUACAUGUCUACGUUCAUACUGGACUUUAUAUGGUACUCUUACAAAGAGUAUACCUUCAUGGUUUACCUCAUAUGUUGUGUAUUACCUCACGCGCCUAUAUAUUUGUAUUGGGAUGAGGUGCUUUAUUUGGAAACUAUAGGCAAAGGAAGUCAAUUUGCGAACAUGUACAAGAAACACUCGAACAACUGUAUGUCGGUAUCUCGAGUGUGGCUAUUCUUCUAUAUACAACUUGCUGUGAUUACAACCGUAGCCUGGUAUCUGGAUCUAGUCAAACCGGGUCAUUAUGGCGUCGGGAAGAAAUGGAACUUCUUGUUUAAGAUGUCGUUUUGGUAUAACAAAAAGGUACGAAGAAUAAUAUUACCUCCCUCUUAUCUGGAACGAAAACGAGAGUCUAAGUAUUUUGAAAAAGGGCCCAGGAAGGCUGAAAUGGCCAUACAAGUAUACAAUGUGGCUAAGAUAUUUAGAGAGAACGAGGGUAAAUCUGAAGUGGUUGCAUUGAAUGGCGUCACUUUUGACUGCUAUAGGGGUGAAGUUACCAUGGUUUUGGGACCCAACGGCGCUGGGAAAACCACCCUUAUGCUUAUAGUGGCAGGUAUGAUCGCCGCUACCAAAGGCACAGUCUACGUGAACGGCAUGGAUGUAGCACACAAAGUGAUGGAGCUGAGAGAGGACGUGGGGCUCUGCAUGCAGGAGAACAUCUGCUUCCGACACCUCACUGUUCGAGAGAACAUCACCUUCUUUAGAAAGUUAAAAAGAAAGCCUAAGGAAGGCUUCACAGUAGACCAACUGCUGAAGAAACUCAAGCUGUCUGACGUUGCCGACCAUUAUAGCAAGCAACUGUCUUCUGGUACUUGUAGAUGUUUGCAGGUCGCAUGCGUGUUAGCGGGAGAUGCAAAUGUGUUGGUGCUGGAUGAGCCGACCUCUAGCAUGGAUAUGGAUAUCAGGCAUCGACUGUGGGACCUUAUUAUGGUCCUUCGCGGCCAAAAAACAAUUCUGAUGACGACAUCGUGCCUCGAGGAAGCGAAUGUGCUCGGCGACAGGAUAGUUAUUCUAAAUAAUGGAGAGCUCAAAUGUCACGGCACACCUACCUUCCUCAAAAAUGCUAUUGGCACCAGCUUCAAUCUAUCAAUAACGACUCGAGACAGUACCCACAUAGCGGACGUCAAAGAAAUAGUAGAGAGUGUGAUUACUGAGCCCAACAGUACCAUUCACGGUACUCAGCGAAUAACCUUCUCUCUGCCUUGCAAGGAGUUUCGGAAGUAUCCUGAACUUUUUAGAGCUUUGGAGGCUAAGAAAACAGCCUUUGGCAUAGAUAGAAUGGACGUUGGGAUGUUCAUGGAAGAGGUUUUUUCGAACUUUAUUGAAGCUUCAGAAAGGGAAUAUAUAAGAAAUGACACGGACACUACAUUUCGACAUUUUACCGUAAAAAAGUACGCUGGUGUACAACUUACAUUAAGACAGAUAAAGCUGUUACAGAUGCGAGUUUUUGAAUAUUUUUUUGCAAAGAAAUAUCAGUUUUUAGUGUUGCGAGUAGUAGUACCAAUACUUUGUAUAAUAAUAAUAACGUUGACCACAAACCACGUGCUGCGUUUCGACAAGAUAUUCAGUCAUCAUAUAUCGAGCCCUACAGCCGAUAAGCCGAAACAGCUACUGUAUAACGUCGGCCCGUUUAGACGCAGUGCGGUGUAUAGUGGCAUGGACCACUUUCCUGGAGUCCAGCCGCUGUUUUCUGUUGAUAUUGAUAGGGAUUUCAGGGAUCCAACAGCAGGUUACCUAAACGACGAAACUGUAGGCUUCAAAAUAACUGAUAAUUACACUAAAAUAUUUCACCCCUUAAGCCCGUUACGAAGUACGCAAUCCGUCAAUAUGUUCAGCAACUUGUAUAUGGCCAUAUUCCUGCCUUAUUUGAAGAAUUCUAUUCGAACUACGUAUGAACCCCUUUUGGACCUCAAAGCGGGGGUCGUUAAAGUACCCAAAAGCACGUUUUUGUGCCUCAAGUGGACAUCUUGGGUGACUUUUUUGGCCAUCCUCCCACUGACUCCAAUUAUAAUCCUAUGCAUAAAGGAACGUAAAUGCGGAGUCAGAGACAACCACAUGAUGGCGGGGUGUUCCCCCUUUAUACACUGGCUGUCAAAAUUAUUAGCCCACAUGAUAGUUUUUAUGAUAGUCAUAAUUAUACCUGUAUUAGUGAUUGCGGUGCUACUGGAUUUUGAUAGGACUUUUCAACAGCCUAGGUAUUUAGGGUCAGUUUUUGCGAUGCUGUUAAUGUUCGGACUAGCUUUUCUGGCACAGCUGUAUCUACUGAGCUUUAUCCUACAUGAGAGUCUAGCUAUCAGCCAGAUUUACAUCACUUCUAUAUUUUUUGGCAUCGUCUUCCCAGUCCUACUCGCCGUUCUAGAACCUUCCUGGCGUUCAUCCAUGUACCUCGCGAUGCCAUACUUCAUGCUCGAGGCUUCAGGCCGCAUCAGUCCCCUGUUCGCGUUCGGCGUCGGGCUCGGCCGCCUCACGCUGCAGGCGCGGCUCAACACUUACUGCUCGCUCAACAAACGACUCUGUCCUAACUUGCUCAUUGAUGACGAUAGCUUUGAUUCUGAAAAAUGUUGCAAGUCGGCAUCAAUGGAGCCUUUUCCAUACUUAACAACAUAUGAAUCAGGAUUGUUUGAUUUUAUUAACUUGAUCGUACACUUUAUGCUGUUUGGGAUCCUAGUUAUUCUAUUAGAAUACAGAAUACCACAGUAUGCGUAUGAGCAGUUUUCCCUAGUUAAUUACAAAGCACCUGAACAAGUAUUCAACGAUGAAAACGUUAGAAGGGAGAAGAAUUAUGUGCAAACUAUGAUUAGAACUAAGAACUACGAAGAGAAUAUUUUAGUAGUGAAUAACAUACACAAGGAAUACGCACUUGAGGUGAAAAAGAAACAAAGACGGAAUGCAGUUAGAGGUGUUUCUUUUGCCACCAAACUUGGCGAAUGCUUCGCGAUCCUCGGCCCUCAGGCGACGGGCAAGAGUUCAGUGAUUAACAUGAUUGCUGGGAACCUCGUCAUGACUAGAGGAAAGUCGCUCAUACAGGGCCAACAUAUUAGAGUCAAUAGGCUUCAGUAUGUCCACAAAAUCAGUUUGACAUCCCACGCGAGAGGUUUGGAUGAUUUCAUGACUGGUCAUCAGAACUUGAUGUUCAUCGCGAGGCUGCAAGGUUACUCAUGGAAUAAGGCACAUAGAAUGUCUGUGAUGGCUCUGCGGUAUAUGGGUCUCCACGCCAACGACACAGUGGUAUCAGCAUACAGCAGCGGUUGUAGGCGACGCUUAAGUUUAUGUAACACAAUGAUACAAGCCCCUACAGUGGCAUUCUUAGACGAACCUAUGAGAGAAAUGGAUGAGUUCUGCAAACCACUGGUGGCUAAAGCUCUGCAGCGGCUGAUGGCCGAACCUGCUUCGGUUGUUGUUGCUUUAACUAGCGUCGACUGGCGUCUCCUCCAACCAGUGAUCACGCGCAUAGCAAUAAUGUCCAAAGGCCAGUUCGCGGCCAUCGGACCGGCUGACGAGAUUCUGCAGUCAAUCGCCAAGGGUUACACUGCAAGGAUCAAGCUUAGACUCGUCACAGCUUAUAGGAAGGACAGGUAUAGAAUCUUCGCUGAGGAUGACGAAUCUUCUGAAUCCGAAUCGGAAGACGACAGUUUAAAUUUGCAUACGGAAACAAGUUUGGAGUACGCACAGAGAGUGGUCGACUAUAAGGCGGAGUUUCUUAACAUGUUCAGCAAUAGCAGACUUACUGCUGAACAUUUGAGCAUGUUAUACUUUUACAUAGAAGACGAUAACAAUACCCAACUGUAUAGUGAGUUGUUCGCCAAACUACAGGAGUUUAAGGAGAAAUUCGAUGACGUUGUAGAAGAUUAUUACCUCAGUGUUACUACAAUGGAAGAUGUGUUUUGGAGAUUGGAACACGAACAGAACACUGAAAAUGUAGUUUAACAUUUUUUUCGAUAUAUUUUAUAGUUCUCUAUGCAAAGCAUUGAAGAAAAAUAAAUGUAAUUUUUUGUAUUUUUUUAUGUACCGAUUAUGGCAACCCUAUUUUAGGCUUAUGGG